UAACUUUAUUUGCAUUGAUUACAAUAGUAGCACAUGGUGAAGAGAUGGGUUUAUUUUUUCGUCUUGCCGCGUUCGUAGCAUUAUUAGGAUUGACAUUUCCUUUGUUGAGGAAAUAUAUUGCUGGUGGAGUAUGUACAAGUAAGGCAACAAUGAAAGGAAAAACUGUUAUUAUAACAGGAGCAAACACAGGAAUUGGUAAAUCGACUGCGAUUGAUCUUGCUUCACGUGGGGCAAGAAUUAUCAUGGCGUGUCGAAGUCUAGAGAGAGGUCAAGCUGCCUUGAAUGAUAUUGUAAAACAAACUGGUAAUAAUGAUAUAAUAUUGAAGCAUUUGGAUCUCUCUUCCUUCAAGUCAGUGAGAAAAUUUGCUGAAGAAAUAUACAGCAGUGAAGACAAAAUCGAUGUUUUGAUAAAUAAUGCAGGUUUAACUAGUACCACUGAAAGACAAGUGAGCAAAGAUGGUCUUGAAUUGACAAUGGCAGUGAAUCAUUUUGGACAUUUCCUGUUGACAAAUUUACUUCUAGAUCUACUUCGUCGUUCAGCUCCUUCUCGUAUCGUUGUCGUAUCUUCAGGAGUACAUUAUUCUAUAACAAAUACCAAAUCGCAUAUAAAACUGGAUGAUUUGCAAUUUGAGAAAUCCUAUAACAAAUGGGAAGCCUAUGGACAAAGCAAACUUGCUAAUAUUUUAUUUACUCGUGAAUUGGCUAAACGUUUAAAGGGAACCGGUGUUACUGCAAACUCCCUUCAUCCUGGUGUUAUUUUCACAGAACUUGGUCGCUACGCAUUAUCGGAGAACGUUAAUAAAUUCAUGAGUUUUAUUUCACAUGUACUAUUUAAGACGCUUGAGGAGGGCGCGCAGACGACAAUACACCUUGCUGUGUCUGAAGACGUAGCAAAUGUAACUGGAAAGUAUUUUGUGGAUUGUGAAGAGACAAAACCAGCUCAUACAGCAGAAGACGAUGAUGGAGCUAAACGACUGUGGGAACUUAGCGAAAAAAUUGUUCAAUUAUCUACACAAAAAAUAGCAGCUUUCGUUGCACUAUUAGGAUUGACAUUUCCUUUGCUGAGGAAAUAUAUUGCUGGUGGAGUAUGUACAAGUAAGGCAACAAUGAAAGGAAAAACUGUUAUUAUAACAGGAGCAAACACAGGAAUUGGUAAAUCGACUGCGAUUGAUCUUGCUUCACGUGGGGCAAGAAUUAUCAUGGCGUGUCGAAGUCUAGAGAGAGGUCAAGCUGCCUUGAAUGAUAUUGUAAAACAAACGGGUAAUAAUGAUAUAAUAUUGAAGCAUUUGGAUCUCUCUUCCUUCAAGUCAGUGAGAAAAUUUGCUGAAGAAAUAUACAGCAGUGAAGACAAAAUCGAUGUUUUGAUAAAUAAUGCAGGUUUAACUAGUACCACUGAAAGACAAGUGAGCAAAGAUGGUCUUGAAUUAACAAUGGCAGUGAAUCAUUUUGGACAUUUCCUGUUGACAAAUUUACUUCUAGAUCUACUUCGUCGUUCAGCUCCUUCUCGUAUCGUUGUCGUAUCUUCAGGAGUUCAUUAUUCUAUAACAAAUACCAAAUCGCACAUAAAACUGGAUGAUUUGCAAUUUGAGAAAUCCUAUAACAAAUGGGAAGCCUAUGGACAAAGCAAACUUGCUAAUAUUUUAUUUACUCGUGAAUUGGCUAAACGUUUAAAGGGAACCGGUGUUACUGCAAACUCCCUUCAUCCUGGUGUUAUUUUCACAGAACUUGGUCGCUACGCAUUAUCGGAGAACGUUAAUAAAUUCGUGAGUUUUAUUUCACAUGUACUAUUUAAGACGCUUGAGGAGGGCGCACAGACGACAAUACACCUUGCUGUGUCUGAAGACGUAGCAAAUGUAACUGGAAAGUAUUUUGUGGAUUGUGAAGAGACAAAACCAGGUCAUACUGCCGAAGAUGACGAUGGAGCCAAACAAUGCGCAUGCUCACAAUGUAAGAAUAUCCAGCAUCAUUUUAUUUACAAAAUUCUUUGUCUCUGCUUAACUUUAUAUGCAUUGUUUAUAAUUGAAUCACAUGGUGAAGAGAUGGGUUUAUUUUUUCGUCUUGCAGCGUUCGUAGCAUUAUUAGGAUUGACAUUUCCUUUGUUGAGGAAAUAUAUUGCUGGUGGAGUAUGUACAAGUAAGGCAACAAUGAAAGGAAAAACUGUUAUUAUAACAGGAGCAAAUACAGGAAUUGGUAAAUCGACUGCGAUUGAUCUUGCUUCACGUGGGGCAAGAAUUAUCAUGGCGUGUCGAAGUCUAGAGAGAGGUCAAGCUGCCUUGAAUGAUAUUGUAAAACAAACGGGUAAUAAUGAUAUAAUAUUAAAGCAUUUGGAUCUCUCUUCCUUCAAGUCAGUGAGAAAAUUUGCUCAAAAAAUAUACAGCAGUGAAGACAAAAUCGAUGUUUUGAUAAAUAAUGCAGGUUUAGUUAGUACCACUGAAAGACAAGUGAGCAAAGAUGGUCUUGAAUUGACAAUGGCAGUGAAUCAUUUUGGACAUUUCCUGUUGACAAAUUUACUUCUAGAUCUACUUCGUCGUUCAGCUCCUUCUCGUAUCGUUGUCGUAUCUUCAAUAGCUCAUUAUUCUAUUGCAUAUACCAAAUCGCACAUAAAACUGGAUGAUUUGCAAUUUGAGAAAUCCUAUAACAAAUGGGAAGCCUAUGGACAAAGCAAACUUGCUAAUAUUUUAUUUACUCGUGAAUUGGCUAAACGUUUAAAGGGAACCGGUGUUACUGCAAACUCCCUUCAUCCUGGUAUUAUUUUCACAGAAAUUGGUCGCUACGCAUUAUCGGAGAACGUUAAUAAAUUCUUGAAUUUCAUUUCAAAUGUACUAUUUAAGACGCUUGAGGAGGGCGCACAGACGACAAUACAUCUUGCUGUGUCUGAAGACGUAGCAAAUGUUACUGGAAAGUAUUUUGUGGAUUGUGAAGAAACAAAACCAGCUCAUACAGCAGAAGACGACGAUGGAGCCAAACGACUAUGGGAAAUUAGUGAAGAGAUCGUUCAAUUAUCUGCAAAAAAUUGAAGCAAUUUUCAAUUCAUUUACGACUCGUAACAUUGUACAACGCAGACUAAAGCAUUCAUUAUAUCUAGAGCAAAUAGCAUACAAUUUUCGCUUAUGAUAUCGCAUCUCAACAAGCGGGACAGAACUCGAAAUUUUAAUUUUAAACGAUACUUACCUUGAAGUCCUCAGUCAGGAACAGGAACGAAAGAGUUACAUGAGAAGUUGCGCAUGCGCAACAGGUAAGUCUUUAACGUGGAUGAUCGCGAGAAAUGUUUAGGAGAGGUCACGAAGGAUGAGGGUGACCUUAAAGCAUUUCUUCUAUAAUUUAAUUCAAUAGGGCAUGCAUACAUGUACGACUCCUUCGUUCCUGACUAAUGAUUUUUUUAAAAAUAGACAGAUCUAACAAUUUUUGAGAUUAACAAUUAUUUCAUCACAAAAUGUUUGAAUCAACAUCCACGUCUGAACUCCACAAGUCUAGCACGUACUAAAGGUAACAAAAAAAAGGGAAAACGACACAAUAAUAAUGAUGUUCAUUGAUUGAAAAAUGACAGCAGAUAGAACAACCCACAAAAGAAGAUAUGAUCCAAUAUAUCAGCAAACUCUCGAUAAAUGGAGGGGUCAAUAUUAAUAUAUUCAUGUUGUGCUGUAUCAAGUUUUUAUAUGAAAUCGAUUCUUUCAGUCUGCUGAUUAAAACAUGGGUUUAUACUAA